CGUACGUGCCAAGAUCCAUGGAACGCAGAGUGUGGUGUGUGUGCUCAUGUGUUGUCGUUUAUUAUUCACCUGUCCAGGAUGAGCUUUAGCAUGUGCUUAAAAGGUGUGUGAACCGGAGGACGCAAGCUGUGCCGGGUUGGCGGAAGGAAUAAAUAAACCCAGUUGGAAUAUGUAGUUUUAUAAGACCAGCAGAGUUGUACGCAGACUGCUAGCUACUUUUAGCUUUGUUGGUAACAGAACGCUAGCUUUUAACCUUACCAAAUACGGUUAAAAAGUCAAUGAUUUAGCUUUAUAUCCACAAACUACAGUUUUAUGUCGUGCUGUUGUUUUCCAACAAUAGUACCUGGCGAGUACUCUGAAAAAUAAAGUCUUUGUUUUAAUUGAGCAAAGUGCUAGAGAAGUGCUCGUCGGACCUUGUGACCUUCCUCCACAGUGGGUGUGUGUCUGGCUUCUUCACUCGCUGAGGACUGAGAUGACCCGGUAUGAAGUGUACAUAAGUACAUAAAGGAGCAGAGACCUCAUUCGUCUCCUGUAACCGGACAUUUAGUUGUUUUUAAGGUUGCACUUUCAGAAGAAUGACUCGCCGCUCAGUGGUGAACCUGGCGUGCCUUGGGAGCCGAGCUGUCACCCUGCUUUACAAAAACUCACCUCGUCCCCUUCACAUUUCACUAUGCAACUCUUCAUCUCAGCCCAAAGCUGGUUUCAAACCUGAGAAAGUCGCAGUUGUCACUAAGACUACACGCUACGAGUUUGAGCAGCAGCGGUAUCGCUAUGCGGGGCUAUCUGAGGAGGACCUAAAACAGCUGCUUGCUAUGAAGGGCUCCAGCUACAGUGGUCUGCUGGAGAGACACAACAUCCACACAAACAAUGUGGAGCAUAUUGUGAGGAGUUUGAGGAGAGAAGGUAUCGAGGUGAGAGUGGUGAAGAGAGGAGAGUAUGAUGAAGAAGUAGUGCGAUGGGCGGAUGCCAUUAUUUCUGCUGGAGGUGAUGGGACAAUGCUACUUGUUGCCAGUAAGGUUUUGAGCAAGGACAAACCGGUUGUUGGAGUCAACACAGACCCUGAGAGGUCAGAAGGUCAUCUGUGCUUGCCUGUACGCUACACUCGUGCCUUCCCAGAGGCGCUGGAGAAACUGUUCCGUGGUGACUUCAGGUGGCUAUGGCGUCAGAGGAUUCGACUACACUUAGAAGGAACAGGAAUCAAUCCGACCCCUGUGGACCUACAUGAACAGCAGCUGAGUCUGGAGCAGCACAACCAGGCUCACCGCAUCACCACCAUGGACAGCCAGCGCAGGACAGGAACACUACAUGAGAGCUUCUCCAAGCCCAGUCUCCUCCCCAUCAGAAGCCUGAAUGAAAUCUUCAUUGGAGAGUCUCUGUCCUCCAGGGUGAAGUUAAAAUCCUUCAAACCCCAUGUUAACCUCUUGCUCCAUAGGGCUUCCUACUAUGAGAUCUCUGUGGACGACGGCCAAUGGGAAAAGCAGAAGAGUUCAGGCCUCAGCAUCUGCACAGGGACAGGGUCAAAAGCCUGGUCAUAUAACAUCAACAAACUGGCUGAACAAGCCGUGGAGGAGGUUUUGAGAAUUGGAAAGUCCCAGAUGGGUCUUGAUUUCCCUUUAAAUCGUGAAUUUAUUGAAAAAGUUACUGAUGAAUACAAUGAGUCGCUGGUGUUCAGUCCUGAGGACCAGCGGUUGUUGUUCAGCAUCAGAGAGCCCAUCGUGAACAGGGUGUUCUCCAGCAGUCGACAGAGAGGCUUCGCCAGCAAGGUGUGUGUCCGCUCACGCUGCUGGGAUGCAUGCAUGGUGGUCGAUGGUGGGACUUCAUUUGAGUUCAAUGAUGGAGCCAUCGCGACAAUCAGCAUGAGCGAGGAAGACCAGCUGAGGACUGUCGUACUGGAAAACUGAGACUGGUUUCUGUGGAGCCAAAGGGGUGUGGUCAAAGGGAAGUACCAUGUUUUAGCUUUUAGCUACAUUUUUUUAAAUACCAGAAACAAAGGGUUUUUUGCAUUACAUUUUUUCAAAUCAAUUUUUCUUUCCAGGUGAAAACUAGUCAUAGAUAAUACAUGUUUUAAAUACUAUAUUAAGCUGGAGUUACAGUUUGUUACACUCUUUGCCCUCAAAUCAACAGUCCUUUCAAAUGAGCUUUUAAGUUGAAAAAUCUGCUUCACUGUGGGUUAAGUAGCAGUUGCAAAUGAAUUUCAGUUAUAUUGUUCCCUAUAUAUCUGGGUACUUGUGUCAUACAGUCAAAAAAACAAAGCCUCUGCCUUGAUAUAUUAGCCAUGUCUCUGAGUUCAGCUUAAAAUGGACAGAAGAUGAAGUGCUUUUAUAUUAACGUCAGUGUGGUCACAUGGAAAUGUUCAGUUAAAAUGAUCUUAUUCUGUACAUGACUCAAACAAGUCACACUGGUUAAAUAUAGCACUGGCCUCAAAGUCACACUGUAUUGGGUGUAAAAUACUGUGUAUUUCUGUAAUGGUAAAGAGAAUUUAACUUCAGAACAGCCAUGCUUUGAAUCAUGUUCAUCAACACAACAUGCAUGACUGGCUGGAAAAGAAUCAUAGGAGUAGAGCUACGGUUACAGAUGUAGGAUCCAUAUUUUAGUAUCCUGAUCGUGUCAGGAAAUAGAAGCAAAGUAAUUGUAUAAAUGCAGUAAUUCUGGUGACAUAUCAGGAAAUGUGACACAUUAGUACUGAAAUUCUUUUAUAUCUUUUACUGUAAGGGGAAAAAAAACACAAUCAAACUUGUAUCUGAAUACUUUGACCUCUUCACCCGGUCUGUGGUCCUACUGAAGACAGAAACCCAGAAAGACAGCUCAAAAACCUACAUGUUAAAGUAAGAAAAAGUGCAUUAAUUGGAGACCAUUUUCAUCAGUGUGUAAAUUCAUAUUUGGUGCUGUAGUGAAUAUUUCUAAUGGAGGACGAUGUAUGUGAGAUUGAAUUAACUACAGUGUGUGAUGAUGGUAAUGAAGGAACAUGUCAAUGCAACAGUUUAGCUCACUGAUAUGUUUAACACUUUUUGGAUACAACAAAGCAAAGCACAGAGGAAUUUGAUAUAUUCAGCUGCAGAGACAGACACACUUCUUUAUUGGUUUGGGGUUGAAUAUGUAUUUGUUGAUGGAAACAAAAUAUCACCUGCUGAAGGUAUAGCUCUAUGGGAAAGUUAAAGCACAGUGGUUUGUUACAGCUUAUUUGUCGACUAGAGGUAUUUUUGGAACACAGCCUAUAUAUUUUGUAGUUUUGUUGUUUUUUUUUUUGAUGCAUUUUGGUGCUGAAGAGAAUGAGCUGGAAAAUCAAGUGCACUAAAAUCAGAACUCCAUGAUAAAAUGAGCAGUUUGCUCCAUGUUUUAGGUCAAAAGUUUGUCCUCGCUAGACAGAAAAACUAGCCUUUGAAGUACAACUGAAACCAAGCAUGAGCCAAACAUGUAACGUCCUCCACCAUGUAUCCAUAUAUACUUUUUCACUGCUAAAGCCACUUGACACAAACUGGAACAACGCUGUUUGAUAAUUAUGCUGAAAUGACAUCUAUACUAGUCAGUGAUUUUAAAUAUGUGAUCAAAAUCACGUUUUGUUCAUGUUAAUGUUAAUAUACUUAAGUUAAAUGAUGGUGAAGCUGGAGGUGUUUGGAAGACUAGUUUACAAACUGAUCGGAAAAAUGUGAGGUGCGUUGUGCCAAAGGUGGAAGCUUUGUGUCGUUAUGUUUUGGAAUUGGAUAAAGUCUAAUGAAAAAGUG